AUGGGGGAGGAUGGGCCUUUGGGCUUGGAAAUGGGGCCGUCAAACUUGCAAAUUGCUUCGAGGGUUUCUUCCCCCUCACCCCUGCCCCCAAAUAUCUCUCUUCUAGCCUCCUCGUCUUUGCUGUUUGGUGGAUAUUUUCUGGGCGCAUCUUUGUGUGGUUCUUCUUCUUCGAGGCGAAUCUAUGGUAUUGCUCAUCGAUGGAGAGCGCGUGUGCUGAUAUCGGAUUUUAUUCAUUACCGUCGAAAUACUCCAGAGAUUGAUAUAGUCCCAGAAGCAUUUGAAGGAACCAUUAACCGAGAAUCUGGUAAGAUAAGCAUGACACCAAGAGUGCAUAAGGAGCAAACAAAGAAGGAAAAUCUCAAGGAAUAAAACUACAAGAGGAGAAGACAAAGUGCUAGUCUAGAAUGAUGGCUGUUGGGAAUGUUAAUAGAC